AUGACCAAGCUUCUGACAGACGACGGUACCCUAGAAAAGUUCCGAUGGAUGUGCUUUUUUGUAUUUGAUAGCUGCACAGAUGAACGUCCAGUAUCUGCAAAAGAAGUCGAGCAAUUACUGGAGUUCUUGUGUGACCUUGAAGGCAGCGAGUAUGUUUCAUUUGGUGUCAUAUUGAUUUAUUGUAGAAAUGCUUACUGCUUUGAGUCAGAAGUUUCAAAUAAAUUGAAAACUACACUUUUAUGUGCUACUUCAGGACUGCUUAUCAAAAACGUGUCUGAACUUACACAUAUGAACAUAAAAGCUCCUGGAACAUCAAUGGUUCGUCAACUCAUUACACUUUUGUCCGACGAGAAUAAGGAUGACGUGGAAUAUAUAUCAACAACUCUAUGCUCUUUAUUUUGUUUGGAGCCCAUACCGGUGAAUCAGUUGAAAAUAGUUGAACGACUGUGUGACUCUGACCGCGAAUUACUUAAGAAGUGGAAGGAUAUUGUACCUGAUAAAAAAGGUAGUCCUAAAGGGACUAAAUUACUAGUGAAACAUCGUGAAUCUUCCCUGGCCUAUGAGUUAUGGAAUGAAAUUACACAAAAUACGAAACAGAUUCAAGGGAAUUCUGAUUUUUGUACCGUCAAUACGCGCAAUGAAUUUGCUAUUUGUUGUGUCCAAACGUUUUGGAGCUGUGGUGGUUGGCAGCAUGUGCUCAACAAUUUGGAUGCUAUAUCCCCUAUUUUAGUCAGUGAUGAUGUAAAUAAUGUUCAUGCUCGACUCAAGAUCAUUAGCUCACUUUCACAGUUGUUCUUGAUCGCUUCACUUGAAAUCCCGUAUAUACAGUUGACAAACACCGUGCCAACAAGCGACAGUUUGUUGCUGGAUGAUAAUUUUAGACCACAGCAACAAAUGUUUGUUUCUGUCCCAGAAGAAAUUGUCACUCACUGGAUUGAAUCAAUUUCCAAGACUAUUCAGUCUUGUUGUUUGUGGUUUGCAAAUUAUAUCUUAUAUUCAGAGUUAAGUGAUGUUGUAUUGAAUCGAAGGGUGCUGUUGGAUGAAAUCCUAGUUGAUUUGACUUUCCUCUAUCAACAACAUCUUGGUCGACUAGUAUCCUGCCAGAUGAAUUCAAAAUUUUUUGAGAUAACCAAAUCCUUAAAUUUUGGAACUGGCUUAAUGAUGCUCAACUUAUUUGCCAAAUCGUUACCUAACAUUCUACCGGCUGAUCAGUCAGAUUUAUUGUGUUUGAUUGAGUCUUUAAACAAAUGGGAUCGUCAGCUUAAUUUAGUGCCAAUUAAACCUUUGCUAUUGAAGUACUUUUCGCAGUUGUUUAAAUUUAGCCUAACACUGUUGGCUUCUGGUGACUCUGAGUAUUUUAGGUAUGGGUCAGAUUUCUCCGUUACCCAGAACUCUGACAUCCUGUCGUCGUCACUGCCUUCUUUACCAUUUUUACUAUCGUCAUCAGAUGAUUUGAGUUUAUUCAAUCGAAAUAUCAAAUAUUACUUAGAUCAAAAAUUUGAUCCAAAUGAGUUUAUUAACCAAUCAGAAAAACCCUCAUCGUUAUCUCGUUUAUUUGUUAUGUGUGGUCAUCAUCUUCAUGUUGAUUUAAUGCGCAUUCUAUCAGAGAUGUUUAAUGUGAUUCAAGAACAUUCUCGAAGAUUGUCUUGUAGUAGUUAUCAACAAUAUUUGCGUAAAGACUCUUCUACAAAUCUAUAUCAAGACUUGCAGAUUGAUGAUUUUAAAUUUUUCUUGAAAUGCACAAAACAAGGUUUACACUUUCUCAAUGAUUUACUGUUGGCUCGAUCGAAUCUUCUAAAAUACCAGUUAUCAAAUGAUUCCAUGCCUAUUAAAGAAAGUUCUUCAGAAGAUAAUUUGGAAUUCAUAUCAGUUAUUGGAUUUUAUUUAUCUAAAAUGAUUAUCUAUGCUGAUGAAACAGUAAUGCACGAGUUAAUCAAUCCAACAUCGUCAUCAUCUUACAGUAUGGAAUGUAGAUUCAGUAUUCUUGAUGAAGAACUAUCACACUUAAUCUAUGCAUUUACUUCAUGUCAUGGAAUAACUGAUUGUGCAUUAAAACAUUUAGGCUAUUCAUUGAGUACCGGUAGUCAUAUUAUUUCAAAAGAAUCAGGAUUUUCGAUGAAUUCAACAAUGUUAGUGAAUAACUGGCCAUUAUGGACAGAAUCACAUGUUUUCUGUUUAUUAUCUGGUCAUAUGCUUAGUAUAUUACGAGUUACAGAUUCAAUAAUUAUCUUGGAAGAGUCUAUCAAAUCGUUUUGGUCAAAUUUUUUGACAAGUAUACAAAAUACGAUCUUAUCAACAUGGGAAUCAUCAAUAAUUAAAAAGAUCACUGUUAUUGAACAUUACAUGAUAGAUAUUCAUCCUAAUUUAUUACAAUUUGCUUGUUUUCUCGCUGGACAAACACCGGGAUUAACAGCGAAAAAGCAAUUACUCAUUUUAUUAACUCAAUUAUUUUGUGAUUUACAUAAAACUAUUUGGAAAAAGCAAUAUCGACACCAACAACAAUUCAUCACAGAAAGCAGUAAUGUUCACAUUUCCUCUGUGAAACAACAAAUCACGCAUGUUUAUUAUCUUUGGCUGCGUUUAAUUGUUAUUUUACGCUAUAUGCUACAUUACUUCUACAUUCCACCAAAUUACUUAUCACACCAACUAAAACCUUGUAUGUUUUUACAACCUGAUCAAAAUAAUAAUAAACAAAAGAAAUGUAUGAUUUGGGAAUAUUCAACUAUUGCUCACUUAUCAUCAAAAAUACACCCAUACUUUUUACCUUUACCAUUGACAGAUAAUAACAAUGAUAUCCCAUUCUUUUAUGAUCUAUUAACUGCAGCCAACCAGUCAUCAUCAGGCGUUGAUCAGUCAACAAAUUUAACUUCUGCUGGGAGUAGUAGUUCUAAAAGAACAGGUACAAGUUUAAGUCUCCCGUCUCCUGAUGGACUAGCUGUCUCAUCAUUAGCAUCACUUAAUAAUUAUCAUGACCUAUUCACCUCUCUCCUUGAUUACAUGAGUUCUCUUCUGCUGACGGAUUCAUUUAAUAAAAUGUUAACUAAUCCAGAUCCUAUUCUUACCGAAUGUUGUCAACUACCAUUGUGCACUUAUGGAUUAGCAUUAAACUGGAGAUUAUUAGAAAUUCUUCCACCACCACAAGAACUUUUAAAAGAUUUAAGUCUUUUCAUUCAUUUAUUAACGAUAAAACCAUCACAGAAGACAGUUAUCAAUCUUCAAAGUGUUUCGAAGAUAUUCUUGUCACCGUCAUAUUAUCUGUAUUUAAUAAUUUUGUUAGAUAGAAUUCAACAGAAUCCUACUCAACCAACUUUUCAGUUUUCUUCAGGCUUUGCAACUGAUGAUAGCCUACCGCCGAAAUCGAAGUCCGAAUCAUCUACUGUAAAAUCCACAAAUACUAGUGCCAUUACGACUGGUGGUGGUAAUGCUAAUAUACCUUCAGUAACCAGUAGUCGAUCAUCGAUGUCAUCAUCAUCAGCUUACUCUUUAUUGGAUUCGAGAGCGAAUCUGUUGAAAGAAUUGAAGCGUUUAAUUCAUGCUCAGUGUUCAAGCAAACUAUCAAAUGAUGGUGAGUCAGAGGAAGCAAAGGCUAAUGUGAUUGAAGGAGAAAUCAAUAAAUUAAUAUCUCUAGUACAUCCUAUAGCCUUAUUUUCAUUCUUAUUCGAAUGUGGUUUUCUUCAAGUGAAGUCGUUUUCAUUGGUGUUAGAUUCAAUCAAGAAGAGUUUCAAUGGAAUUACUGUUGGGCAGUUGUCUUAUUUAUGUAGCUUAUUUCAAUUCCUAGGUACUUUAACAUCACAGUUGUCAGUAUUAAAUGAUUCUAAAAGCACAAAACCACUUAAUACUUCCAAAUCAUAUACUGACACUGUAGAACCUGUAAAACGUGCUGGGAAGCAUAGAACACGUCAUGCUGCUGGUAAAGGACGUACCGUUUGUUCUACAGAAACUACGAAACAGUCUAAUAACAGUAUUGAGACAACUACUCCAAAGGAAAAGAAAAGUAUCUGUCUUUUAGAUACAGCAGUUUUGGACUCAACUUUACAAGAUACUCUUGUGUCUUCUGUAAAUUCUACGAUUGGUAAUAGCACGAAUACGAGUGGCGAUAAAAAUCUGACAUCUAAAGAGUUAUCUGCUAUGUAUUCACAUUCGUUACAUACUGGGCAUAAUUUGCUAAUAACAAGUUUACAGAUAAUGUAUAAAUUAUGCUAUCAUAUUCGAUCUGAACUUGGUCUACCUAAUUGGAAUGAUGUUUAUAUUAAUGAAUCAUUUGUAUCAGGGCCAUCAACUAUAGAAAAUAUUGGAUCAUUAACACUGUUGUGUCCCAAUCGUUUAAUGAAAGAGAAUUAUUUGCCGUUCAAUUUUACUUCAAAUCUCUUAGCUCGUAGGCGAUUGGCUAAUAGUCUCAGAUUAGCUACAGUUAUUUACGGUAAACAGUUUGGCCUAUUGAAUGAAGUUGCAACGAAAUGUAAUUCUAAUAAAUGUAUAGAAUUGAAUCAGUUUAAUUCAAAUUUAUCUCAAUGUUUCUAUCAAAUAUUAACAUAUCAGUAUGAAUUAACUGUUUAUCAGUUGACAACUAAAAACGACCAUUCAUCUGAUGACGGUAGUAUCAAAUCAUCUAAUGCCACAACCUCAACAGUAAAUGAAACAAAAUCAACUACUGCCAACACUACACCUGAAUUUGCUAAACAUCUAGCUAAUCGUUUGAAAUUAUUUCAAGCAUGUUGUCUGUUAAAACAUAUUUAUGAAUUGUGUACAUCAUUAGUAAAACAAUUGUUUAAUUUACAAGAGAAAAUUUGUUAUUCAAAUGAUUUUGAUAUAGAGCCUACAAUGUACAAAGAAAGUCAUUAUGGUCUACAACUUAUUGCUACUAUGCAUUACGAUCCUAUUUUCACUGCUUUGCAUAUUGACUUGAUUUGUAAUAAUGAAGAAGUAGAGAAAAUGUCAUUAUCAGUUGCACAAUAUUUAGCAUAUCUUUGUUGCAUACAUCGAACUAUGUCAACAUCUAAGUUAUCAUCACCUUGCAAAAUAAAUAAUGCUGAAGGUCAGGUGAAAAAGAUUUUAGAUUCAUGUCAGUUGAAAAAAUUGAUAAGUCGUUCGUUGGAAGACAGACUUGUUUAUAUUGUAUGUUGUAUGGCUAGAUGCCUUUCAAAUUCAGGCAAGAGUCCCCUUGAAUCUCGUGUCUGUUCAUAUGUCUGUCGUGAAGUUAUGGGAUUUCUAGAAGUUGUAUUAGGUAAUCACCGCAUCCUCAAGCAAUUUUUAUUAUCGCCAUCGUCGUCGUCAUCUAUUGAUGUGAAUAGAAAUAAUAAAAAUAUUACUAUGAAUGAAAAUUCGUCAAGUGUUGCUUCUCACGAUUCAAAUACACAAUCAAUAUUAACGAUAAUUCAAAGAACUAUCUUCAAUAAAGAGCUUUUCAUGAGUUUAUUCUCAUCAUCAUCUAUGUCUCGUAUUCCACAUCAAGAUGUUUAUCUACUGAAUGGUAUACGAAUAUCAAAUGGACCUCCUUCACUUACUUACCAAAUGUCAUCCUUACGUUUAUUGUGUGUUCUUCUUAUGCGUGCUAUCAAUGCCUCUUCAAAAACUCGUUGCAAUUUCACUGAACUUGUAAAAUUAGCACUAGAAUCGUGUAUAUUUAAUCCGUGGAAAUCACUAGUAUCUGAAACUAAUAAGACAAAAACAUUAUCUUCUUAUUGGCUAGAAAAUAUACUACCCAAUAUGGAGUUAUUUGAUCAAAAUAACGAUACUGAACUAUGGUUUACUGAUUUAUUAAAUAAUCAUAACUAUUUACUAUCACAUAAUCAAGAUUCAUUUCUAUUGUCAUUUGAAACUGAAGAAGAUCUACUAACAAAUGAUAUAUUUAAUAGUACGAUAAAUAAUAUUAAUACUGCCUAUCGAAAUUUGAAUUGUGAAGAUCAUGUUAACGUCAACUGGUUACUUGAUGCAAAUGUAGCCUCGAUGGUGAAUAAUACUACACAUCUGAUUAAUGAAUGGAAACAGAAACGAUGCUUAUAUUACAUAGCUUUGUAUUUUGAACGUUUCACAAGACUUUUAACAUCUAAUUGGACAGAUGAUGUUAGUUUACGCGAAAAAUAUUGUAAUCACUUACUAACUUCAGCUAUAUCUAUCUGGCGUUCUCGUGUAACUUCAAAAAGUAGUAGGAAUAAUACUGUUACUACUACUAAGUGUUCAAAGUCACCCUCUUCAUCUACGUCUAUUACUUCUGCCGCUCAAGAGGAACCCGAAAACGUUAAACAGUCUGCAACAGUUGAACAUUUGUAUGAUUUGACAUUUCUACCGUAUGCUAUUACAUCGUUACAUUGUUUGUCAUUUGGUUUUACUACAGGUUCUGUGCAUAGUAAAUUAUUCGGUUUCUUUACAUAUUGUGCUAACAUUUGCUAUGAGUUAAUAAUGAAACCAGAGAUAAAUAAAGAAGUGGGCGAAUUAGUAUGUCUGAAUGAUAUUAAUUUACUGCUUUCAAUGAGCUUACAACAUUAUAAACAGGCUUCAUUAAUCUGUAGUUUGCAAUCAAUUUAUUUCUAUAUUUCUACAAUGAUUGUUGUAUUAAAUCCGAAUUGUCAACCAAAACCCACUGAUAAUAUUUAUUCAUCGUUGAUGAACGCUACUUCUUCCAGUGUCCGAUUAGACUAUUGGCCAAAUUUUGUUUACACACAACCUGGUUUAUUUUCAAAUACUUUUAUGAAUAAUGAUGAAUCCGAGAAUUCGUAUGCGUUGCCUAAUUAUUUAGCUAAAAGUUUCUAUUCAAAAACGCGAGCUUUCUCUCAUUUAUUAAGUUUUCAUUUUACUCAUAACUGUAAAAGUGCAUUUCGAAAAAAUUGGAAUCAGUUAGGAUUAUGGAAUGUUAAAUCUCAUUUACCAAAUGUUUCUGCUCAAUCAAAUGAAUUUUUAAAAACAAAGUUGACUUAUGAAAUUGAUCAAUUAUCUGACAACGAUAUAAGUGAUGAUUUUGAUGAUUGUUUAGAAGAUGAAGUGUAUUCUUCAUUCCCAGGUCCAUUGAUUAACGAUUCAAUGUGUACUUAUGUUGCAACUCAGAAGAUGUUUAUUGAUCAACAUUGGUAUCAUUGUUUCACGUGUAAUUUACAAGAAUCUCACGGUGUUUGUUCUGUAUGCGCUAAAGUUUGUCAUUCAGGGCAUGAUUUAAGUUAUGCUAAAUUUAGUGGAUUCUUUUGUGAUUGUGGCGCUGGUCAAAAUGGUGAUUCGUUUUGUCAAGCGAUGACAUCACGUGUUAUAUCUAAUAAAGAUUCAUUUCCAGUGAAUAUGAUAAAAGAUAGAAAUAAUAUAUUUCUACAGUAUAUGAAUGAUAAGGAAUUGAAUUAUUAUCUUCCGUGGUUGACAGAUGGCUACCAUCCAUUCAUCUUAUCACCUGCUUCAUCAAAGGAAUUUCAUGAUCCAUAUCAUCAUCAUUCAUCUAUCUCCAAUGCUAACGUUACUGAUGGCCACCGCACAUCUAUGCAUUCAGUAAUUGAUAGACACGACUCCCGUCUGAUUCCUUUGGGUUCUAAAUUAGUUAAACGACGCCGUAAAGAAUCUUCAAGUCUCAUUGAGACACAAGAUGAUACUGCAAUUUCACGCCCACGUUCUGUUCCAGGUAUCAAUAAUUCAGGAGUAAACGCGUCUAUUUCUUCAGAUACUUCAUUAAAUGCGCAUGGAAGCUAUCAGUCCACUAACCAAAGUAAUAUUCGCCCGCUUUGGCGUCCGAUAACUUCUGUUGGCGGUACGGAUUCAUUUGCUACUAGAUCUUCAUUAAGUCAUCAACAAACGUCAUCAUCUGUCAGUAAUCGACCUAACAAUCUCCGACGAACUGGUGCAGUUCGCUUAAGGAAAAUCUCUUCAGAUGUUCAUUCUGGACCAAGGGUGUUGAAAACAUUUCAAAUGACUCAGCAACAGUCUAAAAUAUCCAUUACUCAGCCGACUCAACAAAAUGUUUCACAUUCAUCUAAUCACUUGUCUCAUAAUAUCGAUAAAUCUUGUAAACCAAGUGUUAUUAUACCUAUCACUUCGUCAAUAUCUUCAAGGUUUUCACCUUGUUAUGAUAAUAAUGGUGAUAGUAUUCAUAAUGAACAAGAUAUCGGUAUACGAAUACGAAAUAUUCAUCAUUUUUUAAAUGUAUGUGACAAUUUUAAUUGUAAUGCAAUUAAAAGAAAACGUAAAUAUUCUAAACGUUUAACUGCGAAUACUACUACCAUUAAUACUUCUACUGGUUCAUUAGAAACAGAUUCAAAUCGAUUUCAUUAUACUCAAUUAGUCCCUAAUGAGAUGAAAUUAAUUGAGCAUGUUCGUAGACAAAUCGAUACUGAUGAGACCGGUGCAUGCCGUUCCCAGUUGACGAUGAUGUUGUUUACAUGUGAUAUUGUUUCACAAGCAGCUGAAAUACUAAUGGGAUUCGGUAAAUCAGAGGCUAAAGGUUUACUCAAUCACUUUAUGGAUUGUUCGCGUACAAAUGAAGUUGAAUUAAAAAGUUCUACCCGUCUGAGUAAAUUGAAACGAAUGCUUUUAAGUGAACGAGAUAAUAAACCAGUAAUUCGAAUGUGUUCAAAUAUUACGACGCCAGUACCAUCUAUGUCAGUACAAGAUGUAACGCUAUGGCGUCGUAUAAUUCUUGCUGGUCAUCAACUCUUUCGCUCUACAGCUCCUAUUUCUGCCUAUGAUUUCAAUAAGUAUUUAACACCUCACUCUCCUCGUUUGAGAAACACUUCUGAAGAGAUUGAUCACAGCACAGUUUCAAGAUCAGUUCAACCAAUUCCUAGUAAUCGUCAUACACUUACAUCAUCUACUGAUUAUCUAUCAUCUCACACUACUGUUUCGCCGGGAAGACUUGUCAAACAAUCACUGUCUGAUAGUAUGUCCACUAAUGUUCCACCUUUAUCGUCUUCUUCAAUGUCAACAACACCAAUAAAUGCGAUUGUUUCGUUGCCUGCAUUAUCCAUGUCAGCUACAAAUAAUGCUCCGCGUUGUACAUCUUCCUCUUCAUCUAAUCCAGUCUUACUUAUACAAGCAUUAGCGAGUAUUCUAGCUGGAUCUGAAAGUUCUACUUCUACUCGUGGUGGUUUAAUAUUUCCAUCUCUCUCAAGUGGUGUUUCAUUGGAUGCACAACAUUUAAAUGGAAAUAACAUAUCGUUUCUACCACCUAGUACAGCAUUAUCAUUGAGAGAAUUAUUUGGUUCACGUAUAUCAAACAAUGGCUCUUCAUUACCUACUACUGGGUCUAUAAUGAGUAAAACAGCUACAUCUCUUAAUGGGGCUGUCGGAUCUAGUGGAGCGGCUGUCACUUGUGUCCUACGUUUGCCAACUCCAACAAGAUCUACAUGUUCUUAUUUCUUAGUAGUGGCUAGUACAGGACCCAGAUCUCUUGUUUCUGGUACAGAUACAGGGAUAAUAUCUAAUACACCUACAUCAGAUGGUUUAAAGGGAUCAAGAUCACCAUUUGGUCAACGUGGAUUAAUAUCAAUCUACAAUUUAGAUAAGUUAUUAAUACAGAUCGCAGAAAAACAAGAUCGAGGUUUAAAAGAAAUUGCUAAAUUGAAAUUUAUCACUGCAUUACUUCAAUCAAGGCAUAGUGAAUUGAAAAUUGAGUCUGAUAAUGAGAAUAAAGUAAAAUCCAAUACAGAUAUUAUUACAACAGAAUUAGCAACAUCAUUAAAUGCAAUGUCAAAAGAAAUGAAUCAACAUUUGAAACAACUUUCUGUCAGUUUAAACAAUUUGCCUAAAAUCAGCACUGCAACAGCUGGUAUCCUCAUUUCAAGUAUGACAGUCAAUCCAUCAUGUUCAUCAACAUUUGUUAUUUGUGGUUUAUGGGAAUGUGUUGUUAUGAGUUUAUCAUCUGCUGGUCAAAUAUGCGGACGUAUCUCAGUGAUCCCAGUUGUCGGGACAAGACGAGAACAAAUUAUCAAAGCUAUUUGGUUACCGAAUUCGAUUAACCUGUUGGCUAUUCUCACUGAUCAUCUGUUCAAUAAACCGAAAUAUCAUUUCAAACCUGUUGAUGGAAGUUUUUGUGAUGCAACAUUUAUACGCCUACCAUUACAAUCUAUGCAACAGCGGGGUAAAGAAGAAAUACUCACUAAUCGUUGUGAUACUUCGAUGUCUGAAAAUGGUUAUGAUUAUGAUAACGUCAGUGAUUCGCUUGAACAGAUAAAAACUAACAAUCGUAAUGAUCGCGAUACUUCGAAGACUGAAAAUGUUGAUGAUUACGAUAACGUCCGUGGUUCGCAUGAAUGGGACAUUCACCUCUUAGUUAUGGCUAAUAUGGGUUCUAUUUUACAUCAGAGACUGGGCCCUCUUUGCCUAUCAUUCUUAGGUCCAUUCUUUCUAGCUGAAUCAUUGGAAUGGGAUAUCAACAGUUUAAAAAUGAACCCCAAUACAACCACAUCGUCGGGUGAUCUAGGAACAAUUCCAGAAUUAACAUUAGACCGUUUAACUGGCGUACUUGGCGGUGGUGGAGUUAGUGUUCAGUAUAUCAAUUCAAUGGGUCUUUUAUUACAUUCUUAUCAGUCUGGUCAUUCCAUUGCUAGUGGAAUUAAAUUAUUUAACACUACCGAUAACUCCACAGCACAAACAUUACAACAAAAUAGAAAGGAAUUAUGUAUUACUCAUUCAUUUCUACUGGCAGUUGGCCCAAGACGCGGAGAUGGGAACGUACCAACCACUGGUGUUGGCUACGUCACACCAUCUGCCAAAUUUCACAAAAAUUCACCUGUGAUUCAUCCGGAAACUUGUUAUAUAGAUUCAGAUAAUCUUCUGAUCUCGUUACUUUUAGCAGCUCAUUCCGCUAUUGAUCCGUCAUUACAACAGUCAACUUCAUCAUCGUCAUCAUCAUUAUCAUGUACUCAUCCAAAUCAAAAGUCAAUAAUUCCCAGUAUCGGUCCAUUAUAUCGUUGGACGGAAAUAGAUGAUCAUCCAGGUCUGGUGAGCGCACUAUCUAAAAUACCGCUGGUACCUAAUUCGUCUUUACAGCAUCAAUCAUUUCUAAUGGCAUUUGAACCAGAUCAAAUAUGGAUACAACAUUUAUUUGUUCAUCCUAGUUCACGGUUAUUUAAUAUUCAUGAUUCAACAAUAAAAAAUUUGACGACAACAACAACAACAAGCAAAUUAUUGCCAACUUCCACGACAACUGCAACAACAACUACUAUCAGUAGUGCUACUAAUACUACUACUAAUACUGCUACCACUACAUCUACCACGCUGACUACUACUACUGCCACCAAUAAUUUAAGCGGGAACAUAAAUGUCCAUAACCUAGAUAGGUCUGAAGCAGGGCAAAUGUCAUCUGCUUCAACUCAAUUAUUAGAUUCAUUCUCGUUCCAUUGGUUUGGCUCUCCAGAAUACGUUGGUCGCACAUUAACAUUUUUAUUAACAUCAGAUGGGCAUUUACUAAUCAAUGCUUCUGCUCCAAGAUCUUCAAUCUACACUUCGAAGAAUAUAAACAAGUGUAAACCUGAAGAAAAAACGCCUAAUUAUCAUUUAUCUGUACUACCUGGACAAUAUUGGUUACAAAAUGAUUUUUCUGAGAAACCUAUAUCAGUUGGUCGUGGAUGCUUAUCAAAUGGUCCUAAUACGAUCGUCUCUUUACUCUGUAAUUUACCGAAAGGUGUUUUAUGGGAUUUGGCAACAACAUCAUUUUAUCAGUUAUCUGAAAGUUUUAAAUGUUCCAACCAGCAGCAGAAUCCAGUUCCUAGAAAGAGAUCAUUAACAAUAAUUAAUGAAAACACGAUUGAAACACUGCAGAAAUAUUUUAUUGAAUCACCGGCAUUUGGUCCUUUACCUAUUGACUUUUUCGAACAUGUAUCCGAAACCCACGAAAUUGAUUUUGGUGGUCCAGAUCUCUUACAAUUUUAUAAUUAUGAACAGUUAAGACGGCGUUUAACGACACCAGGGAAUCUAGUCACUGGUGCUGGUACUUGCACACGUUUUAUUAAUAAUUACUGUCGAGAUGACAAACUACAUGUUGGGUCGAGAAAUUCUACUUUAUCGAGAGCAUCAAUUGGAUUAAAUGCUAAAUCAAAAGAUUCAUCUACAUCUAUUGGACAACAAUCACAACAGCAUAUAGCUUAUAUUAUUGACAUUUAUAAUCGUCGUUCUAAUGAUACUCUAAUUGCUGGUCUCCGUGUAACAUUGCCUGGAUUAUCAUCACCAUCAUCAAUCGAUGAGAAUACAAGUCGAUGGCCAAGAUUUUUCAAGUUAUUCAAUAGAACUAUAUUUGUCCCACUACCCUACCCUGGAAUGACUUCAGGGCGUACAAUCGAUUUACCGUUGUAUCGUUGUGAAAUGUUAAAGUCAAGUGAAUUUUUACAACUUGUUGUUGGCACUAGUGAUGAUCCUGAAGAUAUGACAUGUAUCGAUUGUAUCAUGGUUUAUUCUAUUGGUCGUGAUCUAGUUUCAUCUUUAUCAUCGCACUCAAGUCCAACUGUUAAAUUGUUAGGUGAAAAACAGUUGAUACAUACAAAUCACCACUUGAACCCUGAUAAAUUGUCUAAAAAGAAAUUACAAACCUUACCGUUAAAUGAGAGUAAUUGUAAUAAGAAAGUUAAAGGUCCAAUGGAUUUGUUUGUUUUGAAGAAUACUACUACUUCUACUACUAAUGAUAAUGAUGAUGAUAGUAUUGGUGAAUGCAAUAUUGAUGACAAUAAUGAUGAUAAUGGUAUGCAUGAAAAUUUAAGUGAUGCUGUUAUCGACUCAGAAGAAUUUGAUAAAAUGAAUAACGCUUUUGAACAGUCGUUAGCUUUCAGACUUGAUCGCUUGUUCGGUACCGGUUUUGUAACUGAAUUAGUUUGUAACGAUCAUAAAAGCAAUAGUAAGAAAACAUCACAUUCUCGUUUACCACAACUCUCUAUCUCAAAACCAUUUCCACCUCCACCAAGUACCAUAUUUGCAUUGUCAAAUUCAAUGUACUGCUCACAUUUCAUCUCAAUGGAUAAUUCUACAUUAUCGACUACAUUAUCACCAUUGUCUUCUAUUCCACUAUGUUUGAUUCGUGAUUAUUGUGGCUUGACAGCUUCAAUUGCUAACAUGUUGUGUGCGAUAGUUAAUAUGGGUAUCACCUCAAAAUCUGAACAUAAUCCGAAUUUAACGGGAUUCAAGAUAAUUUUGUCCAGUUUAAGAAAAACUUUCGAUAAAUACAAUAAUAAUUCUGGUGGUUUCGAUGGUAGUAUUCAAUUUAGACAAACAGUGGAAAAUGAAAAAAAGCCUCCUACCAGUCUAAAUAUACUACUUGUAGAAAUAAUGAAAUUUCUCAAUUGGAUAUCAUUAUUGAACUCGUCAACUUGUAGUCUGUUUAAUAUUCAACCGACACUGAUGAUUAGUUUAUCAAUGCAUCUUUAUCAGUUAGCUUUUAUGACUACACGUUUUCUAAAUAUUGAAGAAUUGAAAAUAUCAAAUAAUAAUUGUUAUACAUAUAAUUUUAACAAUAUCGAGUGUAUUCUAAAUGAAAUUCUAUAUCAUCCAUUGAAUUAUUCAUGGAAACAAUUAACUGAUAACAUGAGUAACACUGAUGCUAAUGUUGAUGAUAUGAUAUCUAAACAUUAUUUAACUAUCAAGUCAAUUCGUUUAAUUCGACAAUUUUCAAUGGAAAUUUAUCAUUUUCUACACAUCAAUCCACUGCAUUUAAUUAAGUGGUUAUCUAAUCAACACCAACAUUAUCAAUCUACAAAUGAUAAUAUAUCAUUUUAUACAGUUAUAAAUCACUUAUUCAAUUUAUUUAUUUCUAAUUUACCAGUGCCUACGAAUACAUCGCAUAUUAUCGAUCCUAUAUGGUCUGCAAAAUUUGAUUUGUUUUCUUUAACAUUAGAACAGGAUAUAGCUCAGUUAUCUUCAGUCAUUAAUAAAAAUUUACAAAAUUGUAAAGAUUGUCUGUCAGUUUCAUCGUCGUCGUCGUCAUCUCCACUGGAUUUAAGACCAAAGUCUUAUUAUAAUAAAUCCAUUCGGUGCUUUAUGAAUCCAUUAACGCGUUCACUAUAUACACUAUUUUUAUGUACAAUUAUAGACGACCAAUUACCAGAUGAUGGUGAUGAUAAUAAGAAGUUAGAUGAGUUGAUUAUGAAAAGUUUAAUUGAACUGCCUAGUGAAAAUAAUCAUCACCAUGGUAAACAGACUAAACCAUUGAAUAUUGACUUCUUAAAUUAUUACGGAAAACUGUUAAUCACAAUGCUAACACAUAGUAAUAUUUUAGUGUCAUCUGCUACUCGUGAUGCUUUAUGUCGUCUUAUUAUUAAUGCAAGACCAAAAUGUCGUAUAACUUGGUUUAAAAAUCAUUCCUCACUGAGUCAUCGUUAUAAUUCUUGUUAUAGAAAAUCAAGUGUGUCACGUUCCAGUGAGAGCAAAUUCACUAAACCUCUCUCAGAGAGAAAUAUCUCUCAGAAUACUGACACUGAUUUGUUAUCCGUAAAAGGCUCUAAUCUUGCAUAUACUUCCCUUGGUUCAAAUACACCAACAACACCUACUGUUUCUUCUGGACGUAGUUUUCAAUCAAGAACAACUCCAUACUCUGGUCGUAGACGUCCUCCACGAGAAUAUCAUUCUUUACAUCCUAGUCAGUUGAUUGAUGUUUUAAUAAAUGAAGAAAAUCCCGGCUCACGGGAACUAAUUUCUCUCGAUGAUCUAGAUAAUGUCGACAGUCAUCAGUUAACGUCAUUAAUUGACAAUCAUCAAGAAACUAUUGGCCGUUGGUCUUCUCGAUCAGGUACUACUACCAAUAGGCAGCGAAGGUCAAGUCACUUCUUAAGAAUUUUAAAUCAACCUCCUUCCAUACCGAUAUGGGAGGGUGAAACCAGAUCACUUAUCAGUAAUAGUACAACAACUUUCAAUGCUAAUGAGCCUAUUCAUUUUAUGGACAUGGAAAAUGAUAUUGUAGAUGAUUGUGAUCAAUCUGAUAUGAAUUUAGAUACUGAUCUAAAUAAUUCAGAUAAUUAUCUGUUAUCGGAAUUUCUUGAUUUAGGUGGAUUUGAACCGUCCAUUUCAGCAUUACGUGAAGAAAGUGAUGAUGACAGAGCAUAUCGUAUUUUACGGUUGUGUAGACGAAUAUGGGGUUCACGACGUAUUGUUUCACUUCGACAAAUGGUUGCCGAUUCUGAAUCUGGUGGUGAAAAUGAAUUCGACUCUCGAAUCAAUUUGGGAUUAAUGAAAACGAUGAAAUUCUAG